UCCCUUUAAAGCGCUGUUCACUUUUACUUGUGUUCCCGAACGGAUGGGUGGAGCACGGCGUAGGGAUUGCAAACAGGGAGGCGAACCUCUCCGGAUCACAAUAACAGCAUUCAGCCUCAGCUGAAGACGGGCGGGCGGGAGAGCCAAUGGCGUGGCUCUGUUUGAUAUGACGUCACUUCGCAUCCAAUGGGCUCCCCUGUGGGCGGGCCCUUUCCUUGCAUUCUGAUUGAAUCUGCUCAGUUUGUAUUAGUCCGACGAGCCGAGCCGUGACUGCGGAUCCGAGCGCUUCCAUCACAUCCAGAACCAUUUCCUGCGCCAAAAAAAAAAAAAAAAAAAAAGAAGAAGAAGCCCCGCUCCCUCGUUUGAACCUUACCGCGCUGCGUGCGCACAAAGAAGGAUGCGUCGGACGUUUGCUGCGCAGAGAUGUCUCCGCUGAGCAUGGAUAAGCAGCAGGGCGUCUGGUACAAUGAAGAAGGCUCCUUCUUUUUUGUUGUGAACGCGGGCCACACCGCUGAAUCACCGCAGCGCCCGGUAUGGACAACUUCAACGCUCCCAUCGCCCGUCAUUGCGCAGUGCAGCGAAAACUGUGAGCUAUACUGUGUUGUUUUUGUCGCUGCCGAAUAGGAGGGGGAUAUAUUACCUAAUCAGCUGCUUCUGUUUUGGGGAUAAACUCUCAGUACAGCCCACAGAGCGCCUUGGUGCAUUGUCAAUGUAAAGAGCUUUGUCCUGUGUUGGGAGCCACUCUCCUGGGGUACAGAUGAGAGGCAAACAAUACCAUCAACCACUGAAGUUGACAGCACCUUGGGAGAAGGAUGCUGGCUUUGGGAGGAAGCUUAAAACGUACAGGAAUCAUACCAAGAUAAUAGCACAGCCUGGGAUCGUGAUGAAAGUCCUCCGCAGGAAGAGGAUUGUGUUAUUUAUGGCCUAUUUCCUUCUGCUGGUCCUCACUAUGCUUAAUUUGGCGAAUUACAAAUGGACUAAAGAGCCACAGCAGUGCAACCAUCAGAUGAGGAGCACCACGUAUCAGAGCAGAUCCGACAUCCGCUUCCUUUACAGGCCCUCUCUGGCUAAAAAGAGGCAGCUCCUUUACGUCCUGACCACCUGGAGGUCGGGCUCGUCCUUUUUCGGGGAGCUGUUUAACCAAAACCCUGAAGUGUUCUUCUUAUACGAGCCCAUGUGGCACAUCUGGCAGAAACUGUACCCCGGUGAUGCAGUGUCAUUACAAGGGGCGGCCAGAGACAUGCUCAGCUCCUUGUACCGCUGCGAUCUGUCCGUUUUCCAACUUUACAACAGCCCCGGAGGCAAGAAUUUCACUUCCUUAGGACUAUUUGGGGCCACCCUGAAUAAAGUGGUGUGCUCCUACCCACUCUGCUCAGCCUACAGGAAGGAGGUGGUGGGGAUGGUGGAUGAUAAGGUGUGUAAAAAGUGCCCCCCUCAAAGCCUUAGACUGUUGGAGGAGGAGUGUCUAAAAUACAACACCAUAGUCAUCAAAGGCGUGCGUAUUUUGGACGUAAACGUCCUGGCUCCUCUGAUGGAGGACCCAUCCUUGGAUUUGAAGGUGAUACACUUGGUCAGAGACCCACGGGCUGUUGCCAACUCCAGGAUCAAAUCCAGGCAUGGCCUGAUCAGGGAGAAUUUGCAGGUGGUCCGCAGCAGGGACCCUAAACUUCGCCGGAUACCUUUUGUGGAUCCCGGCCACAAAGCCAACAAAAAGGACGGCUCGGACUAUCACUCCAUAGGAGCCAUGGAGGUGAUCUGCGACCGCACCUCCAGGACUUUAAGGACGGCCUUGAACCCACCCAGCUGGCUCAAGGGGAAGUACAUGGCAGUACGGUACGAAGACAUGGUGGAAAACCCAGUGAAGACCCUGAGGAGCAUCUACCGCUUUGCCAACCUCACCAACAACCACGACAUCGAGCUGUUUGCGCUGAACAUGACCAGCGGCUCCAGCUCGUCCUCGAAGCCAUUCAUAGUGUCCUCCAGGAACGCCACGCAAGCUGCUAGCGCGUGGAGAACAGUGCUGAGCAUUCAACAGAUCAAACAAGUGGAGGACUACUGCCACCACUCCAUGGCUGUUCUAGGGUACGAGCGAGUGAGAACAGCUGGGGAGGCCAAGGACUUGAGGAAAUCACUACUGACGCGCUCUAAACUGUGAAACUAAAAGUAAAUAAAAAAGAAACAUCCUCACCGCCAAAGACAUUUUAAUUUAAUGUUCAUUUUUCAUUGAGUGCCGUUUCCUCUUAUUGUGGAAUUAAAGCUUUACUUUCAGUGUGCAAGGAGCUCCACUGGCCACAUCUGGAAUGUAUCACGUUUUAUUCUCAGUCCAGCUGCAGUUGUAUUCGAAGGGGUCAGUUCUUUAUUUUUUUAUGGGAACACUGGAUACGUUUGACGGUGCAAGGCUUUGAACUCGAGUAGUGAAGCUGCCGGG